GACGUAAAUACGACCGCUGAAAUUGUGCUCAGCCAAAAGCACCGCCAUUUUUUCCAGAAAUGAGCCCUUACUCAUUGCAUUUACUACUAUAAGGCAUUGUGACUCAAGAUGAACUUAUGACAAUGUUAAUGAAAUAAAAUGAAUUUAUGAUGGUUUUUUUAAUUCAGUUUUUACCAAACAAAAGCGUUUUUUUUGGCUUUACAUCCGAAUCCAGCAUCCCUCAUCUGUCAUUCCGACGCACAACGAAAGAGCGAGAGAGAACGAUGGAUGUCAAAACAAAGGUAGGCUGUUCGCGCUCUUUCUCAUUGCCAUCUCUCUCCACAAUUCUCUGCCCGCGCGCGUCUGCUUUGCUUGGGCUUCUUCAAGACGAUCAUCUUCAUGGGUGGUCCGGCAAGGAAUGUUCGUGUGUGUAUGGUUGAUCGUGUACAGAAGGAACGCCGCUUAGAAGAUACGCGACUGCAUCAAAAUCUAGAAUCGUCCGUGUUCACUGCGAAAGCGUUGCGAUAAAGAAGCGUUUCUUGUCCAAAGCUUGACGGAAAUUUAGGUGUGGGUGUUGAGGUGGUGUUGUAAAAUAAGAUUUACGAUUGAUGAAGUUUAACCACAAUUAACCACGGCACGGAUAAUGUGAACACGCUCGUCAUCUGGUCCGCGCGGUGGUGCAGCACACUUUGUUGUUGAUGAAACAAUCUUCCAACGCGAUCUUUAUCCAUCUUGCCAGCAUUUACUGCGAUUGCCAGCAGUUUCCCUUUGCAGUUGAUGUAACGCUAAACCCGCUUCGUAAACAAUCAACGCCCAGGCGCACUCGCCCGUGCCCCAGUUGGGCGUAUGGGCGAUCCAUCGUUGAACCGAUAAUCAGUCGAUUCGUAUUCAAAACAGAUGUAACUUCGCCGUUGAUAAUACUGCCCCGUACAAGCACCGAGGUGUGAGAAAGUUAGAUGUUCAGCUGCAGCUGUUUGUUGUAUGGGGAACACACACGACAGAUACGAUCGCCGUAGCGUAUACAGUCCGUAGCAUUUGCCGGAAGCAGGCAACUAGUUGGAAGUUAAGCAGAUUCCCGUUUUUCCUUUCGACGCUAAAAUGGCACACGGAAGCGCCGUAGCCGUUUGCCUGCUAGCGCUCGCCGCCCUUACCGCCCAGGCGAGCGGCAAGGAGUUCAACCCGACGACGAACCUCAUCCUGCCCGAAUCCUCAUCCCGGCUGGAAUCGAUCAACGGUACGCGCAACUACCGGAUGCACGGCAAAAAGGGCAAGGACGACAAGACCUGGUUCGAUGGGCGCGAGAUGCGCUACAUUUACUGCGUGCGGCCGGGCAAGUGUGAACCGAUCAAGCACCGGCAGUGCUUACACUCGACGCUGCCCUACUCGUCGAUCAGCCUCGAUCUGACCGACUCGUACAGCCAGGAGGAGAUGCACACCAAGCUGCACCAGUACAACGCGCUCAAGAGCGUGCCGAAGUGUUGGGCCGUCAUACAACCGUUCCUGUGUGCCGUGUUUACGCCCAAGUGCGAGAAGAUCAAUGGCCAGGAUAUGGUGUACCUGCCGACCCUGGAAAUGUGCAAGCUGACGCUCGAACCGUGCCGGAUACUGCACAACACCAGCUUUUUCCCCGAGUUUCUCAAGUGCAACGAAACGCUGUACCCGUCCAAGUGCAACAACGAUGUGCGGGAGGAGAUGAAGUUCAACGCCAGCGGGCAGUGCCAGAAACCGUUGGUGGCGGCGGACCUGCCAGCGAACUAUUACAAAGAAAUCGAUGGAUGUGGCGUGCAGUGUAAGGAUCCGCUGUACACAGACCAUGAGCAUCGGCAGAUACACAAGCUAGUCGCGUGGGGCGCCAGCAUUUGUCUCGCAUUCAACCUGUUUACGCUCGCCACGUUCGCGAUCGACUGGCAGAAUGCCAACAAGUAUCCAGCGAUGGUUAUAUUUUACAUUAAUUUCUGCUUUGCCGUUUCCUGCCUUGGCUGGUUAGCACAAUUCACUCCCGGCGGGCGGGAGGAUAUCGUGUGCCGGAAGGACGGCACGCUGCGCACGUCCGAGCCGAGCGCGGGCGAAAACCUGUCCUGCAUCGUGGUGUUCAUACUGGUGUACUACUUCCUGAUCGCAGCGAUGGUGUGGUUCGUCAUCUUCACCUACGUGUGGCACAUGAGCUUUAAAGCGAUCGGCAAGAUCCAGGACCGGAUCGAUAAGAAGGGCUCGUACUUCCAUCUGAUCGCCUGGUCGCUGCCGCUGGUGCUAACGAUCACCAUCAUGGCGCUGAGCGAAAUCGACGGCAACAGUACGGUCGGCAUCUGCUUCGUGGGCUACCAGAACCACCCGAUCCGGGGCGCCUUUCUGCUCGGUCCGGUGCUGUGCGUGCUGCUCGUCGGCGGCUACUUUCUCGGCCGCGGGCUGCUCACGCUGAUCCGGCUGCGGAUCUCGAGCAGACAGAUCAUCUCGGCCCGGGCGAGCAAGAAGAUCCACCAAACGAUCGUGCGCAUGGGCGUGUGCACGACGUUCACGUUCAUCUUUAUCGUCGCGACCGCGUUCUGUCACGUGCACGAGUUCCGGCACAGUGCGGCGUGGGCGGAGGCGCUGCGCGGCUUCCUCGUGUGCCAGAUCGUGGCCGCGUUCAACGACGACGUGACGAACGGGUGCCGGUACGAGCAGCGGCCGAGCGUGGCGAUCCUGCAGCUGCACCUGAUCUGCCUGUUCGCGUCCGGCAUCGUCAUGUCGUCGUGGGUGUGGACCAACUCGACGCUCGAAUCGUGGGGCCGGUAUUUUCGGAGGCGCUUCGGCACGGACAUCGACGAACCGGUGAAGCUGCAGAAGCAUAAGGUGAUAGCGCAGGCGUUCGCGAAGCGCAAGGAGUUCCAGAACCAGGGCCGGCUGUCGAUCUCGUUCCACAACUCGCACACCGACCCGGUCGGGCUGAAGUUUGACAUUACGUCCGCGAUCGGCAGCCACGAUUUCAGCUCGACCUGGGCGAACAAUUUGCCCCGGUUUGUGAACCGGCGCUGCGCGCUGACCGGUGCGGCCACCAGCUCGAGCCACGAUCCGCGCAAAAACUCGGUCGACUCGGAGAUCAGCUUCAGCGUGCGGCACGUGUCGGUGGAGUCGCGCCGCAACUCGAUCGACUCGCAGGUGUCGGUGAAGAUCGCGGAGGUCAAGACGAAGGUCGCUAGCCGGAGCAGCCGCGGCACGGUGGUGGUGGGAGCGACCGGCUCCAAGCAUGGCCACAAGUCGCGGCAAAGCCGCCGGAGGCAUGAUUUCGCCACUGCCACGGGGCGGAGGUAUGGGCGCAAGGAGAGCAGCACGUCCGUCGAGUCGCAGAUCGUGACGGCAGCAAUCCAAAAGUCGGCCGGUAGCGGAGCGGGCCGAUAUGCGGGCGGGGCGGGUACGUUCGGGGCAGGAAGCAUGCAGCGGCGUACGGGAAUCGGAGCGCUGGACGCGCAUCAGAUUAAUGAUUUGAUUUCGAACGGCAAACUGUUGCUGCCGUUUCUGCAAGGCCAAGGGCUGACCACGUCGGAGGACGAUAACGUGUCGGUGGGUUCGUUCAAGCUGCACGACUCGAAGUUCGACAUCAUUAUGAAGAAGUUUGAAGGUUCAAGCCGCAUUGGAACGAGCUGUGCCGGUGGUGGUGGUGUUGGUGGUGGCGGUGUUGGUAGCGGAGGUAUGAACGGAACCAGCGGACCCGGAACCACGGUCGGUGGCGGUGGCGGCGGCGGCGGCGGCGGCGGUGGCUGCCGCAUCGAAGAGUAUCGCACCAGCGACGACGACGAUGAUGACGAUGAGCUGGAGGCCGAAGCGUUACUGAAUGGAAGAAACGUACCAUCGCUGGCACAGAUCACCUCCGGCCGGGAGGAGCACCAUUCGAAGGACUUCAACGGAAGCAUCGCUCAAUCAGCCAUGGACGGAGGAGGAGCAUCUGCCCGCAUCGGCAAGAGCAGAACGGUGAAAAGGCAGGGAGCUAACCAGCUGGGAUCGUUCCGCAAGGGAGGCAACGGUUUGCGCCACAAAAGAUCGUUACACAGUACUGCCCGCCGCAAGAAGGAAAAAAAUCGCGAGCGUGAGCGUAAGCGAGAGAAAGAGCUGGCGCUGUUGGAGCGCGCAGCGCCAUCCUCCUCCCCUCCGCCGGCCGGCGUCGAGACGAUGUUUGAUUUCAACGACUCCUCCUUCACGUCCUACUGCUCGGAGCUGUCGCCGCUGCACGUGAACAGCUCGUACUCGGGCGUGUCCGUAGCCAAGACGAACUCGCGCAACUCGAAGCGCAGCUGCGACGUCGGCAUCCAGACCAAUGCGCACGAAAUUGCCACCCAAACCAUGUCCUCGUUCGAGUUUAGCGAAAAGGCGCUCAAGAACGAGGAGAACGCGGACAUCUACACCGAAAAUCACCACCCGAUGCUGUCGCACCAUCCGCUGCCGAUCGCGGCGCUGCAGGCUCCGUCGAAGAUGAUUCAAACCGUCGGCACCAACACCAUCGGCGGGGGUGGUCGAAAGCAUCGCGAUGCCAGCGAAUCGACCGGCAUGAGCGAUGCGGAAAAACUGAAAAUGCUUCUGCUGCCAUCGAAAUGAGUUUACCACAGUCACACACACAGACUGCGGAGUGGUAUUUUAUAAGCAAUAUAAUUACUAACGAACAAACCUGAUGAGCGCCAAACGAUGCAAGUUAGCUCAAAGGAUCGUGUUAAGAAGGAUAAUUUCAAUAUGUGCCUUUUAGUGGUAAAGCAUAGCAUCGUUGUGUUAGUCGCCGAUGGCGCAUCAUAUCAGUAAACCUCCUCGCGCGUGUAACACUGUGCAUUUAAAGCAUUUUCGAGCGAUAAUAUACUCACACGUAACCAGCCGUGAAUCUCGUGCGCCAUUUUGGGCGGAAAUAGUGUACCUUCCCUUUAUGUUUUACUCCACCGUUAGUAACAGCAAAUCAACGCUGACGCACACACACACACACUACGAACCACUAAUAGAAAGACUGAUCAGCGCAAAGAACGAAACCGAUGCAGCAACCGAAAAUUGAAUUGUACAAAACGCCAUGAGUGACGGGGCAAGUGCGCUUUCCAUUGGAAUGAGACGAUCGACUUACGUCCAUGUGUAACAGAUGAACAACGAAAAACCGAACAAAAGGAUAUACAGAAUCCGUCAAACGAUAGUUAUUACAACUGAUUGGUAUUUACGAUGUGUGCUAUAUAUUGUAACGAAGGCAAAAAAAAACUGAAUUUGCCUCUUUGGCGUGCUUUUACGUAUCUACGGAUAGGCAUAGAUAAUAAGUGUAUUUGCCGCCUAGUCCUCCCAUUUUUUUUUGUCGGAGGACAACUUUUUUUUUACAUUUGAAUCUCCCCAUGAAUCAUGCCAAACGUGUGACGGUGUUUACACACCACUACUUGUAAUGGAAUUAUAAAAAAUAAAGACCAUGAAACCAUGAACUGAAAUCAGCUGUACUCUGUGUACUUACGUUGGGCAAGACGGCAAGCGGCUAGCGAAAGUAGAGAAAACAUUACAUGCGUAUGAUUUUCCAGUACUUUUAUUGUAUUUUCAUUUAUAUAAUAAGCAAGUCGAAUGAAUGUUGUAAAAUGACACCGCACCAUCAUCCUACUAAACGCUAGUUUUUUGUUUGCUCUUGCCCCCGCCGCUCGUUUGCUCUCCGAACGCGGAAAGGGUUUUGCACAAAAUUUGAAUAUUUGUCCCAUUUUAAUAUUCUAAUUUCCUUUUCCUUUUUUUACGGUAUUGCUCUAUCUACGGUAUGUGCUGUGCUGGCGAAAGGGCCGAGAUAUUACCCGUACAGCAAUGACAAUGACAUUCACGACAACAUUUAAAUAGAUGCUACACAGUGUGUAAUGAUGAUGAGAACGAAAUAUAGGUGGCCGAAAUAGAAUGUUUUGCCCAAUUGCCGGGGCGGAUUCGUACGUGUACCACCCACCGUUUCAGCUAUAGCAUGACGUUAUUGUAAAUAAUUUUCACCAUUUUUUCGCAUAUUAGAUCGAUCAUGCGCUCGUUUUUGCACCGCCCCAAACAUUCCAAAUAUUACAGAAUCGCAGAAUGGAAGUAGUUGGAUGAGUUUGAGUUCAAUUUGCUUGUUUUUUUUUUCGUGUAGCUCUAUAUAAUUUUGCAAGUAUAUUUCCGUUCCCUAUUCGGUAUUACAUACACAAACACACAAAAACGAGUGCUAAAUUUAUUCACAUCUAAAUUCGUCAAAAAAUUGCUAAACGAGCUAAACCCCAAUAGCGGUUCCUCUCCCUUCUUGGUGGUGUUGGGUGCAUAUAACAGUGAAAAUUUGCCUUUAAAUGCAUAUAAACGCCUACGACAUGGUACAUGACAAAAACCAACACACAUCGAAUGCAAGCAAAAGGAUGGCUGCAAAAUACAACGCUUAAUGAAUGAGGAUGAGUUACACACACACACACUGUACUAGAAGUACCUACUACUUUGGUUUGGUCGACUGCCACCAGAUUUCACCCCAAGCUCUCAAGUUCUCAGGUUUGCCUCAUUCUAAAUACAAUUAUACUAGUUGUAAAUGCAAAUGCGCUUAUUUAUCGGUGUGUGUUGCUUAAUUGCUAUGUUGCUAUACCCUUAUUGACGCCUAGCGAUGCUGCACAGAAAGAAUCUUGCUCGUGUGUGGAUGGGUGUGUCCCUCCACCACCCUCUCGUCGCGUUACACAAUAUUAAUCGUAUCGAGUUUGGUGGAUGCUUCAUCAAGCACCAUCGGUUGAGACACUGGGAAAGAUGAGCGGGAAUGUGUGCACAGUACAAUUGGGGCGAUAUUUCAAAAAGGGGAAAGAAAAAAAAUGAAACUUGUAUUGUAGUAAACGGUCGCCGAAAUGCAGCUGCGAAUUUUGUUUGUUUGUCAAACUUACACACGAAAUGCAUGCAUGUAUCACUUCUCGAGACGAACACGGGACUGGACAAAAAACAAAACAAAAAACAACCCUCAAACAAACACACGCACGUGGGUGUUCCCAUGACACGCUGGUUAGUAGUCGCACAUGUUUUGAAGCCGUAAAUGCUUGCGCUUCUGUUUAUCCGCUUUCAAUGGUUUAAAAAUUUAAAUGCACAAAAAAAUGGAACGUACGAGCACACCAUCCCAAAUCGGUUGCCGGAUGUAAGUGAUGGUGGUGAUGGUAGUAAAAGCAAAACAACAAACUCACAACUCACUCAUGGGACGAACGCUACACGAUCACAAGAUGUUUGUAUUAAAUUAAAUAAAAAUGCACACCCUCGCCCCUUCCGAUGCAGCUGUUUUGUACGCAUUUGGGAAGGGACAGUACAUUGGUGCCCCCCCCCCCCCCCC